AUGGCUCACCUCACUCGCAUGACAAAGAGGGUCAUCAACCCCUCGGCCCUUAGCCUCGUCCGGCCAACAAUCAUAUUGGCUACCACAUCCCACUCAUUCAACCGCACACCUCGAACACCCCAAACUCAACAAGUCAUUACCCCCCGCCGAAGCUACCACUCAACCCUCCACCCCCGCCUCCCAGACCAUGAAUACACAAACUCGCAAACCGUAAUCCUCACCGCCGCCCUAUCCCACGUACCAAUCCACGGCUUCACAUCAAAAGCCCUAACCCUCGGCGCCCGCGACGCAGGAUUCCUCGACGUCUCCGUGCAGCUCCUCCCACGCGGCGAAUUCGACCUCAUUCUCUUCUGGCUAGCCAGCCGACGCGGCAUCCUCCGCGGCAAAGUCGAAGAAGGCAGCUUAUUCCGACGGAUCGCAGGCGAGAAAGGCAAAGAUGUCUUCGAGCUUAGCUCCGAGGAGCGAGUACGCGGACUACUAAUGGAAAGAUUGCGCAUGAACAAAGAAGUCAAGGACGUCUGGCAAGAUGCUCUUGCGCAAAUGUCGCUUCUUUCUAAUAUCCCACUGUCACUGGGUGAAUUGCACGCUCUUGCGUCUGAUAUUCUGACGCUGGCUGGAGACGAUGCUGUCGAUGCGACUUGGUAUACGCGCCGCUUGGCGGUGUCUGCGAUCUAUGCUAGUGCGGAGGUUGUGAUGACGCGCGACCCGACGGCGGAUCUUGUGGAGACGGCGGCGUUCGUGGAUCGUCGAUUCGAGGAUCGUAAGGCGAUUGCUGAUAAACUCACUGGCAUUGGGCAAUAUGCUGGGUUCGGUUGGAAUACUGCCGUUGGACUUGGCCGGAGCUGGGGGCUUAAGAUCUGA